AGAGAUAAAAACACUUACUCCGAACCGUCUGAAACAACGAGGUCAACAAAUGGACGGUGAAAAUAUGGACACUAAAACGAAAACCAGGCCGAAAAAUCCCAAGGAAUCUGCAAACUUUUUGAGCCGGCUAUGUUUUGGAUGGGCGCUACCGACUUUUUUGAUAGGAGUGAAACGUGAAUUACAGACUGAAGAUCUGUACAAUCCCCUACAUUCAAACAAAUCCGAAAGUCUGGGGGAUCGUCUAGAAAGAGAAUGGAAGAAGGAGUUGGCGAAGGUGAGCAUUGAGGCGAAGUCACAGGACGGUGAAAGAAAGAUGUUAAAAAGACGGCCGAAUCUGAUUUGGCCACUGAUCAGAGUAUUCUGGUUUCAAGUCUUACUCCAAGGGACACUGUGCAUCACCUCGGCACUGAUAUUGAACACCAUGCAGCCGUUAUGCCAAAGGUGGUUGAUUAGCCACUUCCGCGACGGUGAAAACCAGAUAUCGCAAAGCCAGGCUCUUCAAAGCGCUGCUACGCUGGUCUUCGUGACUGUCAGCAUGGUAUUAGUGACCCACCACUCGAAUCUCCGUGCCAGAGAGAUUGGAAUGUGCAUGAGGAUAGCUUGCUCUUCGGUGAUAUACAGAAAGGUCCUACGCCUCGACUUGGCUGCGGUAAACAAUGUCGCUGCGGGAAAGGUCGUUAAUUUGAUUAGCAAUGAUGUAGCUCGAUUCGACAAUCUUCUGGUAUACUUUCACUUGACAUGGAUCGUGCCACUACAGUUGACUUUGUAUGGGUACAUCAUUUGGAGAGCUGUGGGCUUGGCCACCUUGGCAGGAUUGGUGGUUAUCAUAAUUCAGGCUACACUUAUCCAGGGAACUUUAUCCCGAGUUGCUACCAAGUUGAGAACUAAGAUUGCAGUAAAAACGGACGAAAGAGUUCAGCUGAUGAGUGAGAUGAUUUCUGGGAUACAGGUGGUGAAAAUGCACGCGUGGGAAAGUUCAUUUGAGAUGAUAGUAGCUAAAGUUCGAGCAUUGGAGAUAAAACUAAUUGCCUACUCGUCAUACAUAAAAGCAAUAUCACUCAGCAUGCCAGUGUUUUCUGGACGAGUCGCGGUUUAUAUGACAAUAACUGUUUUCGCGCUGAUGGACAAUUCAUUGACCGCAGAAGUGGUAUUCACAGUAGCCACAUUAUUAAACAUACUGCGAUUAUCGUGUACUUUCGAGUUUUCGCAGGCAAUCAAUAUGGCUGGGGAGGCCUCGGUGUCUUUGAAGAGGAUAACGGACUUCUUACUGUUGGCGGAAGUAGAGGAAGCAAAGAAUUCUGAAGCUGAAUCACUCAAUGAAAUCCAGAAACGCGAAGAACAUACAACAAAUGUAUCGCUAGAGCACAGAACAACAGAAGAACUUGAGUCUUUACUGGAGAACAAGGAACAAUCCAACGAGAAGUCUGCAUUGUUGGUGAGCAUGCAUGGAAGGAAUGUGACGAGUACAACAGACGAUAAGUUGAAAAACGGAAUUGGGGUUAAAUUGGUCAACGUCGCUGGAAACUGGGUCACUGGUCAGCUGCCACCAACUUUAUGCGAAGUUUCGUUGAAGGUAAAGAGUCGAUUGCUCUCCAUGGUUGUGGGGACCGUUGGAUCAGGAAAAUCGUCAUUGCUGCACCUCUUGCUGGGCGAGUUGCCAGUCGGAGCUGGAAAAGUGUCCUUUUACACUGGCGAAAACAAUAAGAAAAACAGAAUCAGCAUUCGAGACCUCCGUAUCUCUUACACUAGCCAAGAUGCCUGGCUCUUCUCCGGCUCCAUACGCGACAAUAUUCUCUUUGGCCAGGCCUUCGACAGUAAACGAUAUGAAGAAGUGACCAGAGUUUGUGCACUCGUUAAAGACUUUGAGCAGUUACCUCAAGGCGAUUUGAGCUUUGUUGGGGAAAGAGGAGCUUCUUUGUCAGGAGGUCAGAGAGCUCGAGUCAAUCUGGCCAGAGCCAUUUACAAAGAUGCCGAUAUUUACUUGCUUGACGAUCCUUUGAGCGCUGUUGAUACUCAUGUUGGUCGUCAAUUGUUUGAAGAAUGCAUCAAAGGUUUCCUAAGCGGUAAAACACGGAUCCUUGUUACUCAUCAGCUGCAAUACCUGCGACAAGCUGACUACAUCAUUGUUCUUGAUCGGGGAACCGUCAAAUGUCAGGGGACAUAUGACGAGGUAGCCGAGAACAGUCUGCAAGCAAUUACUUCUCUCGGGAAGAAGACCUCCAAUGAAGCUGAAAAUGCGGACGAAAAUGACGAGGAAAACAUGGAACACGAGGCUUUAUUCACAACUGGGAGCGACACUCAAGAUUCAAAAGAUGUUUCUGAGGACGCCAAAGGAUCUGCAGAUAUCAGUGAAGAGGAGGUCACAACAAGAAAAUCGGCAUUCCAAGUAUUCACGAGCUACUUCUUGGCAGGUGGUAAUCUCUGUUGGCUAACCUGGCUUGUGGCAACUUUCGCAAUCGCGAUGACAGUACCAUUCGCCGGCGAUUAUUGGUUGACUUACUGGAUUAAUCACAAUGUCUUCGCACUCGUGUCAGCAUCAAAUGAGACCGUUUCUGAAGAUCUGACGCAUGAACGAGAUCACACCACAAACGUUGCUGCACGGGUACUUUCCGCAGACAAAUCGCAAUGGUUCGAUGGAGCCGGACUUCUACGUAAAAAUGUAGCGGUCGAAGUUUACACAGCGUUGAUCAUAGCCACCAUUUUCCUCGUUAUACUGAACAGCUUGAUCUUCGUGAGAAUAUGCAUGAACGCCAGUCGCAACAUACACAACUUCAUGUUCGCAAACCUUUUGCGGGCUCCGAUGAGAUUUUUCAACACUAAUCCAAUCGGGAGGAUCUUAAAUCGAUUCUCAAAGGACGUGGGUGCGAUGGAUGAAUUUCUACCGACAACAAUUAUGCUGACAUGUCAGAUUUUCACUACGCUGUUAGGGAUAUUUGGAAUUGUUACAUUUAUAAUGCCGUUGAUGAUCAUACCUGUGAUAGUCAUUAGUGGACUUUUAUGUUUCGUCAUAAUUUACUCUGUCGGAACUAUUCAAGGUGUCAAACGACUCGAAGGAAUCACCAAGAGUCCAGUAUUUUCGCAAGUCAGCUCUACCUUGGAUGGUCUUACGACCAUACGAAGCCAUGGUAUGAGGGUUGCGAAAAUGAUGCAGAUGGAAUACGACCAACGCCAAGACGAUCACACUAGUGCCUACCACCUGACCAUCGCCACGUCGGUUGCAUUUGCGUGUUCAAUCGAUUUGAUUACGUGCCUUUUCACUGCUUCAGUUUGUUUCUCGUUGGUUCUCCUGAAUAACGGUAGCUUUCUCAGUGGAUCUGUGGGUUUAGCGAUUUCACAAUGCCUACUGCUGACUGGUAUGGUUCAAUUUGGAGUAAGGUUAUUCCUCGAGACAAUUGCCCAGAUAAUCUCAGUGGAAAGACUUCUGCAAUAUACGAAUUUACCUCAAGAGGGACCUUUCGAAACUGACAAGCCUCCCCCGCCCACUUGGCCAUCUGAUGGCAGUUUGGUUUUUAAUGGGGUCUCCAUGAAAUAUGCCGAGGGAAAACCCCCAGUACUCAAGGAUCUGAAUUUGAGUAUAAAGCCUGGCUGGAAAGUCGGCAUAGUGGGAAGGACCGGUGCUGGGAAAUCUUCGCUCAUCUCGGCUCUGUUCCGAUUGACCGGAGAUGGACUCGAGGGCGAAAUACUAUUAGACGGGAUAGAUACGAAGUCAAUCGGGCUCCAAGAUCUGCGUCCCCGCAUCUCGAUUAUCCCCCAAGAGCCGACUUUGUUCUCAGCAAGUCUUCGCUACAAUUUGGACCCCUUUAACCAGUAUUCAGACGCUGAACUGUGGGACAGCCUGCGGGAAGUCGAACUUGCGAACUUGUCAUCAUCGCUUGACUUUCGAGUUGCCACCGAUGGUGCCAACUUCAGUGUUGGACAGCGGCAGCUCAUAUGUUUGGCCAGAGCUGUUCUUAGAAGUAAUCGAUUACUCGUGCUUGACGAAGCGACCGCCAACAUUGACCGAAGAACUGACGCUCUGAUCCAAAAGACCAUAAGACGGAAGUUUGCUGAUUGUACGGUUCUGACGAUAGCUCAUCGUCUGAACACGAUAAUGGACAGUGACCGAGUCUUGGUCAUGGAGAGAGGUCGCAUUGAGGAAUUUGGCCACCCGUAUCUUCUGUUGAAAAAUGCGAAUGGCCGUUUCUCUCAAAUGCUUCAACAAAUGGGAAAAACGACAGCCGAAGGACUCUCAAAGAUCGCUGAAAGCGCUUAUCACUCAAGCCUCGAGUACAGAGAAAUGGAUGAUAUUAUGACUAUUCCUGCCAGUAUUACAACGUUGAAGGAUCACCAAUAGAUUCAGAAGCAAAAACGCUGAA